UCGGCUGGGCGUCGCAUGCGCCUUCUUUAAAAGCUGGUCGCAAGCGCCAGUCCCCGAGUCCACCUGGAGCUCACCCCCAUUUCAAGUGCAUCUUCACUCUCACUCUUGCAUAAACCAUCUCCCAAUUCUUCUCUCCGCAAAACCCCACAACUUCGUUCCUCGAAUACUUCCCCACCGCAAGUCUUCUACACACCGUUAAGAUGGCUGACAACGGCACCACCAUCCCUCAGUCCAACGAGGACGCCUUUGCUGAGAGCAAGGGCAAGGGCAAGGCUGUUGCCGACUUCCCUGCCGAGGACGCUGCCAUGGACGAGGAUGACGACGAUGAGGAUGACGAUGAUGAGGAUGAGGAGGUUCCUGAGCCCGAGGAGGACGGCAUGGAGGAGAUUGACCUGAACAAUAUUGUUGAUGGCGGACGCCGCACCCGUGGUCAGACCAUCGACUUCGCCAAGGCCGCUGAGGAGCACCCCGAGGACGACUACGACGAGGAGGAGGACGAGGACUUCCAGCCCCCGGAUGAGGAUGUCAAGAUGUCCGACUAAACAGGGUCAGAUGGAAUUGACGAUAGCAGGCAUGCGUAUGCAGUUUGAUGGAUGAAGGAAUGGCAUUAUGAACCGGUAACAAAAGCAUGGGGAUGCAAUGGAUAUGCUGGUUUGCUUGGAUCCAGGAUUAGGAUCUAGGCGGAUACCCCAGACACGUGGAUAUCAUCAACCACCUCUAGGACUAUCUGCUUUGCAUGGUACUUUAGCUUGGUAUCUAUAAUAUGCAACGAGCAAUUGAAAGGCAUACACAACAGAUGCAAGCCCCUCGGUUCUAUUACAAGUAGCCUGACGAAUGACCAUGAACGUAGUGGCGUGCAAGCAGUGUGAGUGCCGUGCACGACUGUGAAUGGAUGCAACCCCGCGACAGCUUAGUGCUGCCGUUUCGAGCAUCAUGCUCCCUGCAGCACAUCUCAGCGGUCUCAUGCUCGCACAACGGAGUCGCUCAGGCCAACGCACGUCUCCCACCCCGACGCUGC